AAGUGCAUCAACAUGGCCGCCAUAGGAACGUGGACGUUCGCUGUCCCCGCAAUCAAGGUGGUAAAACGCAAACUCGGAGACGGUUCGUCCUGUCUAGACGCACUAGAAGCCGGUAUAAAUGCCGUGGAAGACGACGGUUCCACGGGAAGGUACCUUGUGGGCCGCGGGGGGUACCCAAACGCCAAGGGAGUGCACGAGUUUGACGCUGCGGUGAUGGUUGGGGAGGGGUGCCGCUUCGGAGGCGUGGUAGGGUUACGGGGCGUGGCUACACCUGUUAGCGUUGCGAGAAGGGUGAUGGAGACGUCUUCCCACAGUAUGUUAGUCGGACCGGGAGCAACAGCAUUCGCCGUGGAGCAAGGCUUCCCUCUAGAAACUUCAGACACGCUACAUACAGAAGAAAGCUUGAGCGCAUUUCGGAAGUUUCUCAAACAGCAAGCCGAGGAAGCGAGAGCUAGGGCGGAAGAAAAAAUGCAGCAAGAGAAAGAGGAGAUGAAAACCGAGGUGUCGCCAGGAGGGCAUGAUACAUUGGGCCUUAUCGUACUCGACAAGAACUCCCGUAUCGCUGCAGGUGUGUCGACCAGCGGGGCGCCGUUCAAGGCAGAAGGCCGUGUCGGGGACUCCCCCCUCCCGGGCUGCGGGCUCUACGCAGACGACGCCGGAGGAGCGGCCGUGGCUACGGGAGACGGAGACAACAUCAUGAAGUUCUGCCCGUCUUUUCAGGUGGUCCAGAUGAUGAGGCAGGGGUUCGAUCCCCAGACGGCUUGCAGAGAGGUCGUCAAACAGAUUCAGCAGAAAGUCGGCGCAGACAUGUUUGAGAUGGCUCUGGUAGCGAUGGACAUGAAAGGCUGUAGGGGCAGUGGAAGUACAGUGGUACAAUGGGAGGAUGUCUGUGAGGGGAAGAAAUACGAUGGGUUCCCCUAUGUAACUUGGACAGGAGAGAGUUCAGAGCCGGCCAUAUGUGUAGAACCAGCAACUAGGUUGAGCUAGGGGUCUAGGACUAAAAAUUAUUGGCUCUUUAUCCAGAGGGCAGGGGUUCAAACUCUAAUCCUUCAGGCACAAUGUCUGUACAUAAAAAGAACCCAACACACUUCUGGAGAAGAGUUAGGUGAUCCAGUGCAGUGCUUGGUAUUAAAAGCGAGCCAUUCCGAAGCCACCUAACUGCACCUUCAAACAAUGAUGCUAUUGAUAAUGCAUUACACUUGAGUUCGGCUGAUGAAAGAAGCGGUGUGCAAACGGUAUGUAACACUACAUGUAAAGAAAAAGCACAAAAAAAUUGAAGUAUUGGGACUUCCUUUUAUUCGGUGAAAAUCUACAAUGCUCUUGGCAGUACAUAUCAAAAUGUAGUUUUCAUCUGUUGUGUGCGACUUGACUUUUGCAACAAAUGCCCUUUCAGCCUUUUUUUUUCAGGUUUGACACAAAUUAAACUUCAUUUGGCCUUUCUGAGAUGACAUUACCCUGUAUUGUAAGAAACUACAAUAUAACUUGCCCUUGGAUCAAUUCAAUUGCCAAUAAACUGUUGGUUUUGAUUGAUUUAAAUUGGGAAGGAAUGAAAAAGUUGUGAGGAAUGCUGUUUACACUGGUA